GGUAAGAAGUCACGGAUUGGGCUUGGCAGCAGUGCUGCCAGCUCGUGUUCAGUAUCUGAAGACGAGGAUAGUGAUUCCGUUAUAUCUGAAUUUUCUAAUGAUAUCUCUUUACCUGCCGUUGACAAAAAGUGUACUUUAAAGGCAAUUAAAUAG